UGCGAAAGUCCCGUCAUCGAAAUGGAAUUGCGCCAUGGUCCUGAUCUCCAGCUGAACACAACCACUGUGGAUCCAGACCAGACCAUUCAAGUGCUGACAUCGGUCAACAUUCCAAUGCAUAACCUUCCCAAUACCAUGACACUGAGCAUGUGUUCCCUACUGGUGCGGGACCAUGAGCAGAUCCUUCAGCAGACGAGCCCAGGCGUAGUCAAUAACAGAUUUGUUUGGACGUUUAACACAAGACUCCCAGUGGUAGAAGCCCCAGUCUGUGGAAAGAUCACAUGUACCUACUGCAUGGCUAACUCAAAGUCGAAGAUGUUAGCCAUCGAGGGAAACUCAAGUGGAUUUCCAGUAUGCCCGGCCCAUUUCCAAAUGCAGAAGUCACUGGACUUGAUUAUUAGAUCUCCUAAUCAUAAGCAGGGACUCGGGAUGGGAUCUGUGCUGGGGAUCACAUUCGGAGCAUUCGUCAUUGGAGCGCUUCUCACGGCUGCCCUAUGGUACAUCUACACACACACACGUUCAUCAGUUAAAAUGCAGCCAGUCCCAACGCUAACCGGAGGCUCGGAAAGUAGCAGCACAAACCACAGUAUUGACAGCACGCAGAGUACCCCGUGCAGUACCAGCAGCAGGGCGUAACGUGAUGGUGCCUUAUCACGG